AUGGCCAGCAAAUCAGAGUCGGCUCCUUCACCUGCACAGGGCGUUGGCCCUCUGUACCGUCCCGAUGGCGAGAAGCCCACUGCGACUGUAUCUAAGGAAGUAUCCUAUGACAAUGUCCAUGUGCUGCCCCAAACACCUCAGUUGAUCGCUUUGUUGACGAUGAUCAGAGACAAGCGAACAAGUCGCGCCGACUUCAUUUUCUAUUCUAACCGCAUUAUCCGUUUGCUGGUGGAAGAAGGUCUCAACCACCUCCCAGUCGUCGAGCAGUCCGUCACCACCCCCGUUGGAACAGCCUACCUCGGAGUCAAGUUUGAGGGAAAGAUCUGUGGUGUAUCCAUCAUGAGAGCUGGAGAGGCCAUGGAACAAGGGUUGCGGGAUUGCUGCCGUUCGGUUCGCAUUGGAAAGAUCCUCAUUCAACGCGAUGAGGAGACAUGCAUGCCUAAGCUGUUCUACGACAAACUACCUACCGAUAUUGCGGAGAGAUGGGUCCUGCUCUUGGACCCCAUGUUUGCAACUGGUGGUUCUGCCACUCUUGCCGUAGAGACACUGAAGGAGAGAGGAGUUCCCGAGCACCGCAUCCUUUUCCUCAAUCUUAUUGCCAGCCCAUCUGGUGUUGCUGAAUUCGCAGAGAGGUUCCCUAAGCUCCGGGUCGUGACAUCGUUCAUCGACCAAGGACUAGAUGAGAAGAAGUAUAUUGUCCCCGGCCUGGGUGAUUUCGGUGACAGAUACUACACUCUAUAA